UUUUCUGCACAGCACAGACUUUUCUGUAGUUAGCAGGUCGUUAAAUCUUUGCUAUUUGCAGUUUUUUUCUGGAUUUAAAACACAAUAGGAGAAGAUAUUUAUAUACCGUAAUUGCUGACCUACAACAGAAACUUAAAUCACCAACAGAAAAAAGGAAAUCUAUAAGUUUCAUGUUCCAUUAAAGGUCAGACUACGUAUUCAAAUGAACACUGAAGACACAACUUUGUGCUGUCUUUAAAUUCAAUAUUUUGGAGGCUGUUAACAUGAAAGCCAUGGCAAACUCUCCAAUCCCUCUGGAACCCCCAAUCCCUGCUUUGUUGAAGGAUGACAAGUACCAUUUGUUUAUUAGCUACAGCAGUGGAGAUUCUAUCUGGGUCUACGGUCUUAUUCGUAAAUUAGAAGAUACCUUCCCUAUCCUGAAGAUCUGUUAUCACGAAAGGGACUUUCUCCCAGGGAAGACCAUCAUAGACAAUAUGGUUGAGAGCAUACAAAGCAGCCAAAAAAUCCUGAUGGUUUUGAGUCCAGAUUUUGUACGCAGUCGCUGGUGCCUCUUUGAAGCUAAUCUCUCCUUCUUCCGAGAUUGUAUGGGACACAAAGCCAUCAUUCCCAUCAUGCUCAGGCCAUGCCCAAUGCCCCUUCAUCUCAGUCACUUGACUUACCUGGAGGCAGAAGAUGAACAGUUCUUUGACAAACUGUGCCAGGUCGCUUUGACUGCUAAUGAUCAAAUGAUUCAUUGUAGCUUGGUUCAUUAUCAGUCGCCUUUGUUGUACAGUGGAAAGGCAAUUCUCACUCUCAAUCUUGUCAAUGAAGACAGAGAACCUUGGCAGCUUGCAGUUUUCUCCAAUUCUGUCCCUGACUCACUGAGAGCAUUUGUGGAUGACGAUGACCUCUAUAAGGAAGCUGUUGAUAUAGUUAACAGUGCAACAAUUUCCUUUUCUUGCCUACGAUUUAUGGCCUGUAAAGUGUUUCUUUGUAUUAUCUUAAUUUUAAUAACAUGUUUUUGUAUCCUUUUUUUUCUUUCAGGUAUUAUGGAUAGUCCAUUAUUAACAGGAGAAGCAAUGGUAUUCUUACUUUCACCAGUUGCUCUGACUGUAGUGAUCUUAAUGCCAAUUUUAUUCAUUAAAGUUGUAUGCUGGAAUAAAGUUAAUGUUAGGAAAAUUACAAAGCAGAUGGUCCUGAAGACAGGAGAGGCAAACCUCAUCUUGAUGAAGACCUCUCUCUUGGCUGGGUACUCUGUCACAGCUCAGUUGUUCUUUGUCUAUGUCUCCUUACAGAAAUGCAGAGAGACAUUUGAGAUCACCUUUGGCAGUGACAGUGUCUUGGCUACAAAGAUGUGGAGAAAAGCCAUUGUUAAUUACUCUUCUGAUUACACCUGUUGUUUGGCCAAGAAACAUUUUCCUUUAAAUUGUGUUGACUCCCCUGGACACCAGGAAGGGUGUGUAUGCUUCUGUCAGUAUUUUUGAGCAAAAAGAGGCUGCUUCUUGGGUGGUAACUAGCCAUAGAGCAAGCUAUUAUGCUAUUGUUCGUUCCCAGGUUGAGCGCUUCUCUCUUUUUAUUUAUGCAAAUUAUGACAUUUUGGGAAGUCUCCCUAAGUGUGAUGCGGGAAUCCAGACGUGGACCCGUUGCUCAGUGUGCCUAGAGGGAUAUGGCUGCACCUCACUGACGAGGCCCACAAUAGGCCGAAACGUACGUCUGGGGUUUUGCUGUUUCUCUCGUUCAGAGAGGGAUUGCCUGGUAUUUCGGGGCUGGACUGUACUGUGAAGUCAGGAUCAGACUGAUAUGCUUCAGGAAAGUUCUUCUCUGUGAAAGGCACAUUUUGAGCAAAAAGAGGCUGCUUCUUGGGUGGUAACUAGCCAUAGAGCAAGCUAUUAUGCUAUUGUUCGUUCCCAGGUUGAGCGCUUCUCUCUUUUUAUUUAUGCUUCUGUCAGUAUGUAGCCACACAGUUAAAAUCAGGGUAUUGACCCAUAGUAAAUGUAUAUAUGAGAUAUGAGCAAAUUAAGUGUUAUAAUUGGUAUGGAUGCAUUAUAUUUACUGUUUAAUUUAAGAAAAACAAUUCAUUGGAAAGUAAAAACAAUUAUCUAUUGUUUAAAUAGAAGUACUUAUUUUAAUAUAAAAAAGACAAAAGGGACACACUCUUUUAGAAUAAUGUACUGUGAGCUUAUUAAACGUGACAAACUAGCCUUAAUAGGUCAGUAUUUCUAGUCUAAUCAUCAGACCCUGCAGGAGUGUUACAGGUUGGGACGGCAGACCAAAGUCCUACCUGCAGUUUCUAAGGGCAAAUAUUUUUAGGAACUAACCCAGCUCCUCCCAGGACACACCCCAACUCUCACCAGCCCCACCCAUAAAAAACAACUGGGCCACCCCCACAAGUCCCCUGACCUUUCUAUUCCAGAAGGCUUCCAAGAAAUGUUGGGAGGCAUCUAUAUGAAUUUAUUAUGGCCUAUUGGAGCUUUAUCUGUGAUUUGCAGCUGAUGUCCUUAAACAUUUGUUUGCCACAAAAAACACCAUCCACACAAUCCCUUUAAAAUUUUACAUGUAAUGUUAGGAUUUAAAAAUGUCUCCUUCACAAAAAAAAAUGCACAACGCCAAUCUAAAAGAAUACAAUCCAAUUCUUACCCUAUAUCCUACAACUGAUUCACAAGACUGUAUAACAUAUCUUGUAUCAAUAAAAGAAAAAGAAAAAAAUAUUUUAAGACCAUUUUUUCUAUAUUCCCUAAUCAUUCUAAAAGAAGCACAAGGAUUUAAUGGAACACAUUCUGGCACAUACAAAGCUCAUAGUUUCCACAUCAGGAUCACCACAGAACUCUUAAACAACCAAAUUCUAAGGGAUCUUUUGAGAAUUUCCCUCUACUUAGUUCUAAUGUUUAUAUCUGCAAUAGUCAAAGGUAAUACCUCAGACAAUUUAGGCAGCUUUAAUUGAAAUUUAGCGCUAUUUAAAUGAUAUGUGACAGUGACAUACCAGCUUUGCAUGGGGGUCCAGUGAGGGGGAUUUUGCUCUUAUAGCUAAGAAUAAGCACCUUUUUAUGUAAAUAAGCCACCAUUUUUAAAAUUGUGUAUAUCCCACAUGCACAACAAACAACAAUUUGAUGCAGUACAUUAUGAUUAUUACUAUGUUGUUCAAGGCAUUUCAUUCCACCCCCUAAAACAGUUCUGCAUAUAUAUUUUCUCUAUUAUCUACAUUAACUUAGUAUACACGUACUUACAAUUAUAGAAUUGUUAUUGAACUUUUCCCUAAAAUGUAAUACAUAUAUUAAAAAAUUAAACUAGAGAGAGAGAAAGUCAUCUUUUGAAAAAGCUAAAAAAAACAUUUACUCUUGGGGGUUGAUUUAACAAGGGCCGAAUGACCCUUGUUCCCUUUGUUUCCGCGCAAGCCUUCAUGCUCGCCGGAAACAGCAGUUUAGAAGCAGCAGUCUUAAGACCGCUGCUCCUUAACUGGAUCCUCCGCCUCUUAACCGUGUUCAGCAAUCAACCUGAUCGAAUACGAUCGGGUUGAUUGACACCCACUGUGCAAUGCUGAAUGUCGAGAGUGUAUGCUGUACACAUUCAGCGUUGUCUGGCGGACAUGAUACGCUACUGCGUAUCAUGUCCGCCAGACAUUAAUAAAUUGGCCUCUUGCUUUAUUUUAUUUUGGCAUUGUCACUGUCUCUUGUCUGUAAUGUACCCCUUUAUUGUGAUGUGUAUUUUGCUGUUGCUUAAUAAAUAACAGAUAAUAAUAAAACUAAUCUCUAACUCAC